AUGUAGAGAAAGAGAAGAAACAUUAAAGUUUACACUAUUUAAUCUUUAACUGGCCUAGAUAAGUAAGAUAGAACAAGUAGAAAUCCUCUAUUUUAGCCAAAAAAUAAGAGUACUUGCGAAUUUAGCAUCCAGAAUACUCUUAAUGUUUCCCUGAAUUAGAAAGCAGUUGAUAUUAUAGAGUAGCUACAAAAAGAGUUGAUUACAAAUUAUCAUGAAGACAUUGCUAAAUAAAUAGGGACUUGGAUAAAUAGUUAUAAAAAGUAAAAAAAUAAAUAAUUUAGCAUAUCAUUUAGCCCUCAUACUUUACAUUUAAUUGAUACUCCGCAAGAUGAGUAGAGAAUUCCAAGGGUUAUAGAAUCUACUAAAAAGCUUAUUUUAUUAGCAGAGUCUCUAAGCUGCUAACCAGAUGAAUUGGAGUCAAAAGUUUUAGAGCUAAUUGAAAAAUAGUUUUUAUAGAUUUAUACAAAAAUUGAAAAUGCAUUUGAUGAAGAAGCAACUGUUGAUAAUUCAUCUUAAAAUACAUACAUUCAUUUAAAAGGAAGAAGAGCAUUCAAUCUUUUAUAGGAAUUUUGCAAUACUUUCACUGAAAAUGAGCCUAUUUAUAAAAUACUAGCUUUAUCAAAAAGUGAAAGUUUUUAAACUCUUUAAAAGUUAAAUAAAUAUACAAAGGUCUUUAUUCUAAAAGAAGAAGAUAAUGAUAAUGCACAUAAAAUCUUAUCAGAUUUAAAUAUGGAAAAGAUUAACAUUUUCUUAACUUUGAUAGAUAGAAUUACAAGCAACUUAGAAACAAUAACUAAGAAUUUUAAGAACCAAUCUUCAGCUUUAGAAAGUGUGCUAAAAAAUAUACAUAGUAGUCAAAUGAUUUAGCCAUUUUACGAUGCUAAAAUUGACUAUAAUGCAGCUCCUGAAGAAGCUACUUCUUCAAUUAGUAUGUCUAAAAAUACAUUUAUGUUUUCAGAUAGAAAUGGAAAAAAAAUUCCAAUAGUUUAAGGAAAUUUUAAUAAUAAUGAUGAGAAUAAAGAAGGCUAAUCAAUGGUUAUAGAAGAAAGUGACGAAGACUGUGAUGACGAAGAAGACUAUGAACACUACAAUAAUGAAAAUAAUCUAGGAUAAAAUUUAAAUAGAUUGAGUCGCCAUAACAAAAUGUAGUUUUAGUAAGCGAGUAAAAAAAAUGAAAAAUAAAAUGAAGAUUCAAACUAAGAUCAAUUUUCCUUUUAGAUUGAAUACCUUAAACCAGGUAACAUUCCAUGGGAUUUGCAAACUAUUAGAUCAGAAGGUAAAAUUGGAAGUGGAGGUUAGGGCACUGUGUUUAGAGCUUUCGAUCCGAAAAAAGAAAGAUAAAUUGCUUUGAAAUUCACAAAUCUUCCCUUCAAUUGGGAAAAAUUUAAAGAUAGAUAUUUAGAAGAAAUUAGGAUUUAAUCUUAUAUGACUUCUAAAAAGAUGUCUCAUAUUUUAGAGGUAGACAAUAAAAUUUACAUUUAUUAAGAUAAAUAUGGGCAAUAGUAAAAAUAUUUGAUCAGUUUGAUGGAGUUAGGUGUAGGAUCUUUGGAGGAUUUUAUCAAAAUAUGUGCUUAAGAAAAUAAAAUUAUUUCAGAUAGACAUAUUUUUCAUAUAUUUUUCGAUAUUUUGUAAGGAUUAUAGCAAAUGCAUACACUGAAUUAUGCCCACAAAGAUAUAAAACCGUAAAAUAUUAUUUAUUCAAUUAAAGAUAAAUGCUGGAAAAUUGCUGAUUUUGGGUGCAUAUAAGUCAUUUAAAAUGGUACAGGAGGAGAAAAGAACGGAGAAAUUUCAUCUGAGCAUUCUUCUAACUUAAAAAAAAAUAACAGUUAAAAUAGCUCAGAUCCCGGUUCCCCAAAAAAUAAUAUUCAAAAUUAUACUAAUCGCUUUGCUUAAGAAUGCUAUGUGACAGGUACUCCUACUUAUAUGAGUCCAGAACUUUAUUCAUUAUAUUAAUAGAGAUAAGAGGUAGGUUUGGUUAAUCUAGUUGCUAACGAUUUCUACAGCUUGGGUAUCACAAUUUUAAAAUUGAGAGAACUGGAAAAAAUUGAAAGAACUAAACUAAAUGAAAAAAUUAUGAUAAAUAGGCUUAGUAGUGAUAAACUUAGUAAUUUGAUAACAAUGUUGCUGAAUGAAGAUUAAGUGUUUCGUAGCUCUUUAUCAUUUAACUCGUUUACUGAGAUGUUUUUUAAUGAAUAUUAAGAUUAUAUUAAAACAUAAAAGGAUGAGGAGUUUAACUAUCUAGAAACUGUUUUCAAAUAUGAUGAAAAUGCUCAAGAUAAUCUUAACCUUGCUUAAAAGUUAGAGUGUGCUAAAACGUACUAAAAUAUUAAUUUAAGAGAGAAGUGCCUAAGAUACUUCGAAGAGAUAGUGAGUGAUCCUGAAUUUGAAAAAUUAGAUAUCUUUGAAAAGAGAAAUAUUUUAGUGGAGUAGGUACAAGCCCUCUCUUAUUUUGGAGAUUAUGAGAGAGCAUAUGAAUAAGGUAUGAAAUGUUUAAAUAUAAGCUCUGAAUAACUGAAGGGGUUCCACAGCAAUGAAUUUGUUAUAUCUGAUCUUAAAAAUAUUGGAUAAAUAUUAUUCAAUUAAGGUUAGUAUGAUCUUGCAUUGCAGAAAUACCUUUUAGUUUUAGAUAUCAUUGCAGAAGACCAAGAAAAGAAAUAAUAACUAGAUUUAGAAUUUCGAAAUUCAUAAAAUUUGUAUUUGAAAAAAUAAUCAGAACAAAUAAAUUAAAUCAAGAGGACUCCAUCAGCAAAAAGAGCAACACAGUCUGGAAAUAUAGAGAGAAAAAGUACUUUUCAUAAGAGUAAAAUAAUUCAAAAAGAAAAUUAAUCAGAAAUACUGAAUCACGUAGAAUUUUGUGAAUCUGAUAAAGAUGGUAAUUAAGAAAAAGAAUUGAGUAACAGCGAUAAGGUUUUAGAAAAUUUGAAUACGAAUCAUAAUGAAGAAAUUAUGAAUCUUGCUAAUGCAGAACAUCAUGAUUAAAAGGAUAUAAAUUAAGAUAAUAAAUAGAAUAAUUUUAGCGACAUUGUUAGUUCUAAUAAUUAGUCUUUCUAAAUAGAUUAAAAUGGAAGUAAAAUUCCUCAAAAUAAUAAAAUUUAAAUUCUUAUUUCAAGUAAUUCAUUAGCUGAGUUUUAAAAUGACUCGGUUUUGACAAAUAGCAAUGGGAAAAAUUCACAGAAUGAAAUUCAAAGGAGCUCUUAGUUUGAUAAUAGUAUAGAUUAAAAUAGAUAAGCUUCUUUCUCUGAGUUUAACAGCAAAAACAAGUAGCAUGCGGAUAAUUUAUUAAGUAGUAAUAGCCAAAAUAGCAAGUUAAAUUCUGAUUAUUGCAUUGACAAAGAUGAAGAUAUUAAAGCUGAUUAGAAGAAUCAUGUUUCUUUACUUGGCCAUAAGGAAAUUUAAAACACUAUUCUUGAUACAAUAUAAGAAAGCUCAUAUAAUAACUCUAUUUAAAAUACUUUUAAACCUGAAACACCCUCUCAAACUACUUCAGGUUAAACAAGAGAUUUUACAAGCUUUACUACCUCAACUACUAAUAACUUAAAAUUUGAAAGUAAUUUUCACUCUAAAAAUGUUAUUAAGUAAGCCAUGGAAUAUGACAAUUCUUUAGGAAAAUUCAACCAAGAGCAUGUGUCGUAAGAAAUAUAAAACGAUUUAGCAUAAAUUUAAACUCUCAUAGGUUAAGCAUUAAAUAAGUUAGGUCAUUAUGACAAAGCACUUAAAUAUUACGAAGAAGCAUUAAAAACUACAGAGAAAAAUUUAGGGAAAAAUGAUAUACAAGUUGCUAUUAUUUUGGAUUCUAUGGGUGAAUCCUUAGUCAAUAAUGGGCGCUAUAAGGAAUCUUUUAGAAUAUUUAAAAGAUCUUAUAAGAUAAAAAGAAAUGAGUAUGGAAGAAAUAGCAUUCAUUUAGCUGAAACUAUCGCUUAAAUGGGUAAGGUACUUGAAAAACUAACUCUAUACGAAAAGUCUGCCUAACACUAUUCUAAAGCACUUCAAAUAUUUGAAUAGCAUUACGGAUAAAAUCACAUUAAGACCGCCGAAAUAUUAAAUCACUUAGGAAAUGUUAAAAGAGCUGAAGGUAACUAUAAAUAAGCUUAUCAACUUUAUUUAGAAGUGCUUACUAUCAUGAAAAAUCAUUAUCCUUCGGACCACAUAGAGAUAGGUAAAAUCUACCAUGAUAUAGGAAACGUUUUAAGAAAUUAAGAAAAUCAUGAACUUAGCUUGGAUUAUUUCUUAAAGGCUGAGGAAAUAAAGAUAAAAUAUUAUGGUACUGACCAUGUAGAAGUAUCUAAUACUAGAUAGUAUAUAGGUAUUAUUUACAGAAAGAUGGAAAAGUUAGAUUUAGCUUAGAAAUAUUUUGAGCUAGCAUUAGCUCCUAUGGAGAAUCAUUUUGGAAAAGAACACAUAGAAGUAGUUAAGCUGGUCUAAGAAAUAGCUGUGUUAUUGUAAUUGUAAGGUCACCUUUAGCUUGCUAAAGAAAAAUUAGAAUUCGUUUUAAAUAAUCGUAUUAAAGAAUUUGGCAAUUUUCAUAUUAAAACAGCUAAUACAAUGCAGAAUGUAGCUACAAUCGAAAUGGAGCUUUGCAAUUACUUAAAAUCACUUGAAUAUACAUAAACAGUCCUUACUGUAAGAAAACAAACAUUUGGUGAAAAUCAUAUUAAAGUAGCUAACUCAAUUACUAGUAUUGCUUAGCUUUAAGAUUUAAUUGGUGAUUAUCAAAAUGCUUAAUCCUCUCUUGAUAAUGCAAUUUAAAUAUAUAACCUUGAUCUUGUCACAAAUAAAGGCAAAAUACUUUAAGCAAACAUAAUAAGAGCAACUAUUUUAUACAACACUCUUCAACUUAAAGAAGCUUAAAACCUACUAGAAAAAGAGCUUAUACCAAAUAUUAAGCCUAGUUCAGUAAACUACUAGCAAGCUUACACUCUGCUUGGAUAUAUUUACUAAUAGUAGUAUCUGAUAUUUGAAGAUAGUAAUAAUGAUACUCAGUGGCUGCUUAGACACUUUAGAGAUUAAAUUUCAGAUGGAAGUCCUAGAGAUUAUAUAACCAUUUUUAGUAAUUUAAGUUAAAUCAUAUAAAAUAUUUUGAUAGAGUCUGAAAAAACAUAUGGCAAAGACCAUAUUUCUUACGCUAACGUUCUAGAAUAGAAUGGUCUGUUCAAUUUAAAUGUAGAGCAAGUAGAGGCUGCUAUUUAAAUUAAAUUGAAAAGAUAUGAAGCUUCUCAUAAAGAAAUUUUGAAUUCUAAGUAAUUGAUAUGUCAAAUAGAAUAUCUAAAAUCAAGACAAGAAAACAAUCCCUUUGAGCAAGAUCCAGAUAAAUGUAAAAGGAUUGUUGAAAAUCUUAAGGAGAUUCUGGAAUAAAAAUAAUAAUUUUAUUAAGAUAAUCCUAACCACACUCAACUUUUCAAUUCACUUUUGCUUUUAUAUAAAAUCACUAAAGAAAAUAAUUAUAGAGAAAGAAUACUGUCUUUAAUAAAUUAAAAUUAAAUCUAAAUCAAUCAAAAGCCUGAUAAUUCCUAAUAAUCUAUAGUUAUAUGA